CUCUCUACGAGGGGAAGUAGCCCACAGCUAAUUGCUAGGCUAACAACUCAAUCGAUUGCUUUCGCAGUUUAGGCGGCGGCCAUGUCUCCCUCCCCUGAUCUCUCCCGCGUCCUGCCCCGCGUGCUCAUCGUCUCCCGCCGCACCCUCCGCAAGAACAAGUUCGUUGACUUCGUGGGAGAGUACCACCUCGACCUCAUCGUGGUUUACGGCGCGGUGCCGGUGAUCGUGCCGCGCGUGGCCGGCGUGCACACGCUGCUAGACUCGUUCGAGCCAAUCCACGGCGUGCUCCUCUGCGAGGGCGAGGACAUCGACCCCUCUCUCUACGACGCCGACGUGGCCGGGGCGCUCUCGUCGGAGCAGCUCGAGGCCGUGAGGCGCCUGCACCCGAGCGACGCCGCCAUCGACCAUGAGAAGGACUCCAUCGAGCUCCGCCUCGCCCGCCGCUGCCUCGAGCGCAACAUCCCCUUCCUCGGCAUCUGCCGCGGCUCGCAGGUGCUCAACGUCGCCUGCGGCGGCUCGCUCUACCAGGACGUCGAGCACGAGCUGGGCCCCGAGUCCGCCGCCGUCCGCCACAUCAACUACGACGACUACGACGGGCACCGCCACCCGGUGCGCUUCCUGCCGGGCACGCCGCUGCACGAGUGGUUCGCGGACUCGCUGGGCGAGGACGGCGAGCAGCUGAUGGUGAACAGCUACCACCACCAGGGCGUGCGGCGGCUGGCACAGCGGUUCUUGCCGAUGGCGUUCGCGCCGGACGGACUCGUGGAGGGAUUCUACGACCCCGACGCGUACAACCCCAGCGAGGGCAAGUUCAUCAUGGGCCUCCAGUUCCACCCGGAGCGCAUGCGCAAGGCCGGCUCCGACGAGUUCGACUACCCCGGCUGCGCCAGGGCCUACCAGGAGUUCGUCCGCGCCGUGAUCGCGUACCAGGAGAAGGCGGCCGCUCACGUGCCCCGGGCGGGGUCGAAGCUGAACAAGGAGAUGGAGAAGCGGCGCAAGGUCAUCUUCCGGAGCUUCUCGCUCGCCAAAGACCUGUACGUCUCCGGCGGCCGCACGCGCCCCGCGGAGCAGCGCGAUCUCGAAGCCGGCGCCGAGUUCCUCGAGAUAAGCACGCACCAGUCGAACACGGCGCUGAGCGUGCAGCAGGAGAAGCGGCUGAAGCAGAUGGGCGCGACGGUGCGAAACGCGUCGGGGUACCUCAACAGCCUGAAGCUGGACGACGGGCGGGAGGCGGCUGCGAGGGCGCUCAUGGAAGAGAUGACCGUCGACCAGCUGUCCGACCUCGCAUCCUUCUACCACACCAUGGGCAAGAUCUGCUCCGAGGUGCUCGAUAGGAAGCUGCAGUCUUUACAUCUGCAUGAGUGAAAACUCGAGCGCGUCACCGGCUGGAGCAGCUCGAAGACUUGAGCCCAUCUCCUUCACCGACAGGGAUGACGAUUGACGAGCAGGCGAACGGACGAACUAAGUACAUGUUGGCUGUUUUCGUUUAAGGUGUCGUUCUCAUCCAGAGCGUAUCUUUCUGCGUCAGAGCAACCAGAUUGUCAGAACUCAAAAGAGUGUACGAUACCAUAUUGUCCUCUUCCCCCUCAUCGCGAACUCGAGAUCAAGUGCAUUUUUUUUAUAAGAGGGUGUUAACCCUCGGUUUUCAUAAUAAAAAUAUUUAAGUUUACAUGACGACAUCCAACAUAGAGCAAACAUAUAGCAAAAGAGAGGCAUGGAACGCCCACCGCCCUCAUACCUUACAAACGUUAAAACUAUAGCCAUUCUGACUCUGUUCAUAACUAAAGGACACAAAAG